AAGCGGUGACGGGGGACCCGCGAGCCGGCGCGGAGUAGCCCGCGGACCCCGGCCUCGAACUUGGCCUGGGCUGCGCCGGGCUGCCAUGGAGGUGCCCAAUGUCAAGGAUUUCCAGUGGAAGCGCCUGGCGCCGCUGCCUAGCCGCCGGGUCUACUGCUCCCUGCUGGAGACCGGGGGACGGGUCUAUGCAAUCGGGGGAUGCGAUGACAACGGCGUCCCCAUGGACUGCUUCGAGGUCUACGCCCCCGAGGCCGACCGGUGGACGGCCCUGCCCCCCCUGCCCACAGCCCGGGCCGGGGUGGCCGUCACCGCCCUGGGCAAGCGGAUUAUGGUGAUCGGGGGCGUGGGCACCAAUCAGCUGCCCCUGAAGGUCGUGGAGAUGUACAGUAUCGACGAGGGCAAGUGGAAGAAGAGGAGCACACUGCGUGAGGCCGCCAUGGGCAUCUCUGUCACGGCCAAAGAUUACCGAGUUUACGCGGCAGGCGGGAUGGGCCUGGACCUCCGGCCACACAACCACCUCCAACAUUAUGACAUGCUCAAGGACAUGUGGGUAUCACUAGCGCCCAUGCCAACCCCAAGAUACGCUGCCACCUCCUUCCUCCGAGGCUCCAAGAUCUACGUGCUGGGGGGACGCCAGUCCAAGUAUGCAGUCAAUGCCUUCGAGGUCUUUGACAUUGAAACUCGGUCCUGGACCAAGUUUCCCAGCAUUCCUUGCAAGCGCGCUUUCUCCAGCUUUGUGACCCUGGACAACCACUUGUACAGCUUGGGAGGCCUGCGGCAGGGCCGCCUCUACCGGCAGCCCAAGUUCCUGCGGACGAUGGAUAUGUUUGACAUGGAACAGGGGGGAUGGCUGAAGAUGGAACGUUCGUUUUUCCUCAAGAAGCGGCGGGCAGACUUUGUGGCCGGCUCCCUGAGUGGACGGGUCAUAGUAGCCGGGGGACUUGGGAACCAACCUACAGUCCUGGAAACGGCCGAAGCCUUCCAUCCAGGGAAAAACAAGUGGGAGGCCCUCCCCGCCAUGCCCACGCCCCGCUGUGCCUGCUCCAGCAUCGUCAUUAAGAACUGCCUGCUGGCCGUGGGGGGCGUCAACCAGGGUCUGAGCGAUGCCGUGGAAGCUCUGUGUGUCUCGGACUCUUAGCAUCCUGGGCCCGCACCUUGGAUCUGAGCUGUGUCACUGCACUCUAACACGAGGAACGGUCUUGACAGCGGUUUGGGCUACUGUGCAGGCCGCCAGCUCACAGAGGAGGAGCCACUGCUGUCCUGCACCUAGCUCUGACCUGGACUGAAGGUCUCUUGGGAUUCCAAGUGGAGAGGGAUGGGAGGGCGUGUUCUGAACCUCUUGGGUCUCCUGGGACUACAUUCCUGCCCCAUCUGACAGUCAGCUGUGAGCCUGCCCUGGACCUCACCUGCUAAGCACAGAUCAUGAAGCCAGAGGCAGCUGCGUGGGGGAGGAAGUUGGGGACUCACUUGGCCGGGCCGGGCCAGCAGCUCCGGCAGGAAGGACUCUUCCUCUCGCAGUUCUUGCCAGGCGUUGCUGAUGGAGAAGGAGCAGACUCAGUCCCACGUCUGCUCCCCGCAUCUCCACAGAUUUGCUUUUGGCUGCCCUCUUCCUGCCAGAGGCCCUGCCCUUUUGUCCCCAGUGGCCCCCAGAGCGCCCCUGUGUAAAACUUUCCCCUUUGCACUGUGGCAUCAGAAUCCACACAGGAUGGGUUAACUGCACUCUGGUUCAUAACAGCAGCACAAUAAUGAAACUCUGUAUUCCUAUCUUCUCUGCUGCCUGCUACAGGAGUGGGGUGGAAAGGUGUCCUGAUGGGUAGAGAGGACUCUUAGAUAAUUCCUGUGGUGUUAUAGGCCCCACAAGACUGCCUAUCUUGACGAGUCCCAUCUUCCUGCAGCCACCACCAGCUGUCCCACUCAGGAGAACAGCAGAUUCUCCUUGUCUUUGUACCAAGAUUCCCUGUCUGUGUUUGGCAAAGUUGUACUCAUUCAGUCUUCUUGAUCAGGUUCCUGCUCCUGUCUAGCCUUGCUGUAUUCAACAAAAACUCUCUUUUAUUUUCCUUAUCCAACAUACAGAGGGAGCUGCUCACUGACUUUUUUUGAAAAGGCAGAAGAAGAAAAAAAAAAACAAACAACCCUUCAAGAAUGUGCCUCCUUUAGCUUGCACGGCAUCUUUGUGAUUCUGUUCUUUUUUAAAAGCUGUGCCCAGCUCGGGGUGAAGCUCAGUGGUAGAGCACUUGCUGGGCUCCAUCCCCACCGCCAAAACCAAAACCGGGCGGGUCCUGGGAGAGGCAAAGAUGCAAACAAUGUCUGCCUGAGAGUUGUGGAGAAGCCCGGCAGCGCCCUCCUGUGGUCGUAUAGUUAUCUCCCGCGAAGACAAGAGGAUCGCCUGUGUGGUUCUGAGGGGUCAGAGGGAGCCUCCUGAACAGGGGCUGGCACCCUCAUCUGCAACCUCAAGGUUUAGUGGAACCUAAUUCUUGAAGGGGUACGGACUUUUAUUCUCCUUUUUUUCCUGGGACGUGGACUUUUUCCUUCCGUAGGUCCCAGAGGACGCUGGCACCUGCUGGCCCCAAAUUUCCUUAGUGAUUCAGCAGAGUGAGGAGGCUCACUGUGGCCACUGGUGGCCCCUAGUGAGCAAACUGACUGCGCAGAGGCGGCUGGCCUUGUUUUUAUCGCCUCUAUUUCCUCUGAACUGUUACAAAAAGGAGCUGUGGAUACUACAACAGAGGGAACAGCGCUCUGGAGGUAGCUGCCACAGAGGCUGUCCGGGUGCAGUCACCCCUACUCCCCUUUCAUUUUUGCCCUGCCGCCCCAGCCCUCUCAGCCCCUUACCCAAGAAAGGUAUUUACAAAGUGUGGUACCUCCACCCUUUGCAAGGGGCACAAGCCCUAUGGGGGGCACAUCUCCAAGUGUGCAAAAUGGCCCUGUAGCCAUGGAUGGAACUGAAGUCUUUUGAAAUAGCUGGAACCUUACGGAUACAGCCAACUCUGAAAGGUUGGUUUGAGCCGGGCGAGGUGACAUGCCUAUGACCCUAGCAGUCUAGGAGGCUGAGGCAGAAGGGCUGCAAGUUGAAGCAACCUAGCAAGACCUUGUCUCACAAAAAGGGGGGCCAGGCUGGAGAGGUAGCCCAGUGCCAAGACCCUGUGUUUAGUCCUAAUACUUUGCUAAAUAAUUAAUUAAAGAAUAGGUUGAAUUAGCCACUCAGACCCAUGAGGGCAACUCAGGGCUGGAGUUGGUGUAUACUGAGGAAGUUCAUGUGGGAAAACUUUGGGGUACCCAGCUGAGGGGUGAGGGAAAUAGCAAAUGCCAGUGUUAACUUCUGUGGUUUGUGCCAGGUGGCACCAGGGAGGUAACACAGGAUGUGAGGUUGAUUGCCCGACUUUCCCACCACACACACACACACACACACACACACACACACACACACAUGCACACACUAUGA